AAUGCUGCCUUUAUUACACGAACCUCCCCCUUGUCAAUAGUCAUGUCCUAAGACAAAACAUGACAAACACUUAAAAAUUACAUGUAUUUCAUUAGGCCUUGAUCUGAAGAUGAUGUUAACAUAUAUAAUGCUGCUGUGUCUGAGUUACUCAGCUCAUUCUUCGGAGCUUGCCUUCGAUUUUUAUGCUGCUUCGUGUCCAAUGCUGGAAACCAUGGUGAAGGACACGGUGAGAGCAGCUUCGUCGAAUGAUCCGAGAGUGCCAGGGAGGCUUCUGAGGCUGUUGUUUCAUGAUUGCUUUGUGGAAGGGUGUGAUGGUUCGGUUCUGGUGCAGGGGAAUGAUACGGAGAGGUCUGAUCCUGCGAAUGCUUCGUUGGGAGGAUUCGAGGUGAUUGAAGUGGCUAAAAAUGUGGUGGAGAUGUUCUGUCCGGAUACUGUUUCUUGUGCUGAUAUACUUGUUUUGGCUGCUAGAGAUGCUGUCGAAUUUACUGGUGGACCAGGAAUUGAAGUUCCAACAGGUAGAAAAGAUGGGAAAAUUUCCUUGGCAUCUAAUGUGAGACCCAAUAUUGUGGACACAAGUUUUAGUCUGAACCAGAUGAAGCACAUCUUCUCUGCCAAAGGCCUUUCUUUCGAUGACCUUGUCACCCUCUCAGGGGCGCACACAAUAGGAUCAGCACAUUGUAGCGCAUUCAGUGAGCGGUUCAAACUCGACUCGAAAGGCAACCUCAAGCUCAUUGACACAUCACUUGACAGCACUUACGCAGCUGAGCUAACACAACAAUGUGGCGCAUCACAAGCUCAGACAUCGAUUACAGUUAACAAUGACCCCGGAACUCCAUUUAUUUUCGAUAAUGAGUACUACCAGAUGCUGUUAGCUCACAAGGGACUGUUCGAGUCUGAUGCAGUCUUGCUUGACAAUGCCAAGAGUCUGAAGAAAGUAGAAGAGUUUGCGAAUGACAAAAACAGAUUUUUCGAAAAUUGGGCUCAAGCAUUUUUGAGGCUUGCGAGUACUGAUGUUAAGACAGGGGAGGAUGGUGAGAUCAGGAGGUCCUGUUCUGUAAUUAACGGGUGAGAAUUGGAGCUGAUAUAUUCAAUUACUGCUUUCUUUUUUUGUUAAACCGAUGUCCGGACCAACUUGCGCUUAUCUCGACUAAUCUGUUUGAACAUACUAUAACUUCAAUUUUUAAUUUAUUAUGUACUCGAUUUAAUCAGUAAUCUGUUCAUGAUGCAGAACUGCACCAGAUACUAACACUUAAAUAUGGGGUUUAUUCAAAAAAAAAGAAAAAAACCUUAAAUAUGGGGUGACCAAUAUCGAAUCGCAUGGAAAUGAAAAUUCAGAGAGUAUCGUCAUUCUCUAUCAAAUUUCCGAUAAGAGAGGC